CCCCUGGUCCCCGGCAGUUCUUCCAAUCAGAUGCAGUAUCUCGGCAAUGCCUUGCUCACUCGAUCCUGCUGCUCCGCUCUCAAGAAUCUUCGCUUCUUCUCCAGCUCCUCCGCACGGCUAAUUGGAGGAGUAACCGUCAGGGUCGAAGUAGAAGUCAGCGGCCAGUGAUUUAGUUAGGGUUUCUGCCGGCGGUGCCGUUUUGCCGCGUCGGAUGGAGGCAGAGGUGAUUUGGAACUUCGGUUAACCUCGACAUAAUUCCACAGCUACUGGUUUCGGAAGAGAUAUGGAUCUGAAGAUCUGGACCAUAUGGUCAUUCUUCUGCCAAGUGGCCGUGGCCGUGGCCGUAACUUCACUGGUGGUGGCUGUAACCUUCCUUUUGAAGAAGAAGAAGAACUCUAAACCCUCAGACGACACCCCCAAAUCGUCAGAAUCGGAAUUAUCGGGGGCUGAGCAGCAACAAACAUCUUCAGCCCCUUCCUCGUCGCCGGUGGAGUAUGAGGUCUUCUUGAGCUUUAGAGGCCCUGAUGUCAGGGAAAAUUUUGCUGAUUUCCUCCACAAAUUCCUGGUUCGGUACAAGAUCCGAACUUUUCUUGACGACGAAGAGCUGCGUAAGGGCGAGAAGAUUGCACCUUCACUCGUCAAGGCUAUCGAAGAAUCGAAGGUGUACAUUCCGGUUCUUUCUCCGAAUUAUGCUCGGAGCAAGUGGUGCCUUCAGGAGCUAGCUCAGAUGAUGAAGUGCUGCAAUCAAGGGAAUGGCCACAUCAUGUUGCCCAUUUUCUUUAUGGUGGAGCCUAGAGAUGUGCGGCGUCAAGAUGGUCCCUACAAGGCAGCAUUUCAGCACCACAGGAAGAAGUAUGAUGCAGAGACGAUUGAUGAAUGGAAGGAAGCUCUCCAGGAGGUCGGGGCGAUGAAGGGAUGGCACAUUACUGAAUCGGACGGGCAAGGAGCUAUUAUAGAUGAGGUUGUAGCUAAGGUGUGGUCACACCUUACUCAGAAUUACACUUUAGUGACGGAUGAGUUGAUUGGAAUUGAUUCACAUGUAGAAGAAGUGACAAACCUACUAAAUUUAGGCUGUGAAGGUGUGAAGAUUAUUGGUAUUUACGGUAUGGGUGGUAUUGGUAAGACCACUAUUGCCAAGGCUGUCUAUAAUAAGGUUCAAGCACAGUUAGAUCAUUAUAUUUUUGUGGAAGAUGUACGAGAAAUACUGGUGGGACAUGAUGGUGCCAUAAAUUUGCAGAGUAAGAUCAUCUCUGGCAUUCUGAGGAUUGAUUAUAAGGUCAAAGAUGCUAGUGAAGGAAUCCGCGUGAUAAGAGAGAGAAUCUGCAAGCGCAGGGCUCUCAUUGUUCUUGAUGAUGUGGAUGAUCGGUUUGAAUUUGACCUAAUCUUGGGGAAAUUGGAUGAUUUCUCCUCGGAAACUAGGAUUAUCAUUACGACCAGAAACAAAAGGGUUUUGGAUGUUCUUCAAGAAUUUAAGUUGUAUGAACCUGGAGAAAUGAGUCCAGAUCAUGCUCUUCAACUUUUCAACAAGCAUGCCUUUGGGACGGAUAAUCCUCAAGAGGAAGAGGCAAUUCUGUCUGAGGAGUUUGUGAAAGUUGCAACAGGCCUUCCUUUGGCACUUAAGGUCGUUGGUUCACUUUUGUUUCGCCAAGACAGAGAAUUUUGGCAAGCGAAGUUGAUAGAGUUAAAAGACUUACCUCCCACCAAGGUGCAAGAGAGAUUAAAAAUAAGUUACAACGAAUUGAGUUACAAUGAAAAACAAAUCUUCCUUGAUAUUGCUUGUUCUUUUAUUGGAGAAAAUAAAGUAUUUCCCCUUUACAUGUGGACUGAUUGUAAAUUUUAUCCUGAAAGUGGAAUUAAAACUCUCGUGCUUAGGUGCUUGAUAAAAUUUAAUGAGAGAAAUGAGUUUUGGAUGCAUGAUCACGUCCGAGAUUUAGGCAGAGCAAUUAUUCAUGAGGAAGAUAAUCAACGUCCAUGGAAGCGCAGCAGGAUAUGUUCCAAUGAAGAUGCCUUUGACAUGUUAGAAAGGGAAGAGGGAAGUGAUCUUGUGGAAGUUCUUAGAGUUAACAUGGCAGAUGAAAAUCUUCAGCUGACAGAUCAAGUAUUUAAGAAGUUUUCAGGAUUAAGGUAUCUAGAAGUGCAACAUGGAAGACUGACUGGAGAUUUUAAAGGAAUUUUACCAAGUAUACGCUGGCUUCGAUUGCACGAGUGUAGCUCGAUUCCCAUUGAUCUCAAUCUGAAUAAAUUGGUGAUUCUUGAUAUGCAUAGUUGUCCAGUGGAAGAUGAUUGGAGAGGCUGGGGUGGAAUUAAGGUGACUUGCAAGCUGAAAGCUAUAAACCUAUCGUUUUGCGGCGAGUUGACAACAGCUCCCAACUUGUCCCACUGCAGAAGUCUAGAGUUCAUACAUUUUUGGACCUGUUGGGAGAUGAGGGGGGAACUACACGUUGGCAGUUUCAAGAAUCUGAAAGUGCUGAGCCUCACUAUGACUAAAAUAACAAAGUUAAACGGUGACUUUGCAAGGCUUAAAAAUCUCCAAGAGAUUGUUGCGGGUCAUUUGACACAACUGCCUGCUGGUAUCAGCUGGUUAUCCUCUCUCAAAAUCUUAAACCUGACAUCACUUGUGUCGGAGUUGGAAGAAGUAGCAGCACUCCCCCCAAGUUUAAAGCAGCUAGCCCUCUCGUCUUCCCGGGUUCCUAACCUUUCUGAGCUCAGGGAUCUGGAACAUCUAUCCUUUGAGAGAUGUGACCAGCUUGAAAUUCCAGGAGAUAUAUGGAAGCUAUCCAAGCUGACAACACUGGAGCUUUGGGACUCGUCGUUUAGUAACAGUGGUAUUAUCGUUUCUGUCUUCCCAUCCUCUCUAAAAAGCCUUUUGAUUUCUGGCUGUGAGCCUUUGGAGAAACUACCGAGCCUUGCAAAUCUGAACAACCUGAAGGAACUGAGAUUGAUGCGGGUUCAGGUACAUGAGGUUCAGGGUUUGGGAGACCUGAGAAUGCUGGAAACUUUGGUCAUAUCCAGUGGUCCGAAUCUUGGCAAUCUCGAUGGGCUUGAAAAUCUAUUGCUUCUGAAGACACUAAAGGUGGAAAACUGUUGUUUACUGAAAGAACUUCCUAGUUUAUCGAAUUUGACAAAGUUACAGCUACUAGAGAUCAGUUCCUGUCAGCUUCUCUCUGAAAUCCAAGGCCUAGGAGAACCAGAGGAAUGCUCUUUAUCGAGUCUGUACAUUAUUGAUUGUCCCAGCUUAGCAAAUACCGGGGGCCUGCUUCAGGCUCUUGGACUGUCGGAAGCACAUGAUCAGCCUAUGGAACAACUGCUGCCUUGCGUCUGGAAGUUAGCCAGAUUAAGAAAGCUAGUCCUGUAUGCAUUCGAGACAGAUGGCCACCAUCUUUCGUCACGAGAACAAUUUCUCGAUGUGUCUGGUCUCCGUGAUAUCGAGGAGCUAUUGUUCUUUGGGUACAAACAGUUGACCAAGGUUUAUGGGCUUGAGAAAUUGGAGUCCUUGAGAUCCCUUAGUAUAUCAGACUGCACAUCAGUGAGGGAGUUGCCUGAUCUUUCUGGUCUCAAGAAUCUCAAGAACUUAAACAUUGGUGGCUGUACACAGUUGAUAGAGAUUACAGGACUUGAGAGAUUGGCGUCGUUAGAAGUGCUAGAUAUGUCAGGCUGCAAGUGCAUUAGGAAGUUGCCAGAUCUAUCUACUCUUAGAAAUCUGGUGGAACUUGUUGUUGAUGAAUGCACACAGUUGUCUGAGGUUACAAUACUGAAAAGAUCAGAGUCACUGAGAUCGCUCAGCAUGGUGGAUUGCUCAUCUAUUGCCCAGUUGCCGGAUUUAUCUGGACUCAUGGGAGAGAUAAAGAGAUAAAGAGAAACUGGGCAAUUGGGCAAUAGUUGGAUUGCUCAUCUAUUGCCCAGUUGCCGGUUUUUUUCUUCUAUUUCUCUAGUAUAUCUAUCAGUCAGUGUUUUUACUAGCUUCUCUGUUGUGUUCUUAUACUGCAGCAGCCUUUCGUCAACUCUAAUUUUCAGAGAGUCGCUCAAUCCAACUGGGCCUUUAUGUCUCUACCCAAUCCCGCCUCAAGUGUACUGGGCUUGGCCCAAAAGUGAUGGACUGGGCCUGGCUUCCUUACAUGCCGGUUGGACGAUGAGAGGUGAGACGAAAGAGACGGAUGUAAAAUUAAACUGGUAAGGGAACCGGCGAAGAGUUCGACAACCGGCGAGAAUGGAACCGGAGAAGAAGAAAAGAAAGUUCAAGCCGCCGCCGCACAAGUCGAAGAUUGGGAGAGCGAAUUGGGUUCUCAUUAGUCCUUUCUGAUUAUUGAUGCAGGACUGCAGCAUCUUCGGCUGGACCCAAAACGGCAGCAGAGGAAGCAGCAACAAUCAGAAGUGGUUCUGGAGUAGGUAUUAGUAGUAGUAGUAGAGUGGAUCCUUGGAUUGAACAGGGUAAGACCAUGGCAGUGAGCCAGGCUCAGAAAGAUGGGUGCACAGGGAAUUACAGAAUCAUGGAUUCCCCAUUCGGGAACUUCCUCCUACCUGUCCUCCCAACUCGUGCUGAAUUGUUGUCUGGAUGAUUCUUUCUUUCGUUGUUUGUUUUCUCUGUUGUGUUUUCGUGGAUUGGAUCCCACCUUGGUUUUGAAAUCUAGCUGCAGUUCAGAUAAGUCACAAAUCACAAUCAUAGUUUUCUGCCCAGCAUUCUAAUGAAGCUAUUCAGCCUGAUAAAGGUGAGUAAAUUUGUCGUAUCGUCGACCAUAGUUGUGUUAGUGUCACACACC